AAUCAACUUAACUCAUUUCCUUCCUAAUAAUGGUUUCAUAAUCCUAAUUAUUUUCUAUUUGUUAUUGUAUAUUGUAAAAUCAAAUAGCACAAGAAUAUCCAAAAUUCCAUUUUAGAUUUAGAAAAAAGAAAUAGUUCUAUCCCUAAACAAACAAACAAACAAGAAGCUCUAUCUACACACGUGUACCUUGAAAUAGUCAAAUUUUCUCCGAGUCAUGUAAGCCAACUUGAUAGGUACUAGUAAAAAAGAUAAAGAGAUUAAGAAGUUGAUGUUACAGUUAAAUUUAACCCAUAGAAGUAAAACAGAUUAAUAACAAAUAAAAAUCCUACUUAUAGGAUAAAAAGUCACAAUCAUUAUAAUCCAACGUGGGACCCGGCACCGUUUGCUCUAUUAAUCCACCCAUGACCCAUCCACAUAAAUUCAUUAAAUUGAAAUUCCAGCUCAUAUCUCUUAACAAAGUUCCACCUCACCCUGAAAUUGCUAUUGCCACCCCAUCAAUGAUUCAUCCUUACUAUAUAACACCCUUCACCUCUUCUUUUCCCUCUUCCUUUUCAUACACACACAAACAAAACUAUGAAUACAGAUACAACUAUUUUUUUGUAUUACCCUAUUCCUAUUAUUCUUUCUUUCUCUCUUUCUUUUGUUCUUCCUUCAGUUAUUAACACGUUCAAGAAAAAUAUUCACUCUCUCUUGAAUUUCACAACCACCACUACUCAUACUCAAUCUCACCGCUCUUUAAUUUCUGGUUUAUCUCUCUUACUCAAUAAAUCUGAUAGGUUUUCGAAUGUUCUUCAAUCCACGAUGUUAAAUUUGAAUUCAAACCCUAGUACUAUCACCGGAAUCAGCGAAAUUAAUUUUCCUCCGCCGAAGAUCGGAUUCGUCGCCGGCGACGUUGGCGGUUUGACGUCUUGCACGGAAAGUCUCGGAUUCGAGAGUUCUGAUGGAAUGGAUGUGAUUGAUGAUAGCGUGAAGGUGAUUAAUGAUAAUGAUGAGAUUUGGAGGAACAAGAUGAUGAUGAAGAGAUGUGAAAACAGAGGGAAUUUGAUGAGAUCGUUUCCACCGCCGCUUUCGUCGUUGAAUCGGAACGGUAAACCGUGUUUUUAUCUCCGGCCGGUGAGAAAAGACGGUAGGUUAGAAUUGACGGAAGUAAGAAUACAUCGGCCGGAGAUUCUUCAUGCUUCGAGACAUGAUGGACGGUUGACAUUGCAUCUAAUACCAGAUCAAGAAGAAUUGCAAGAAGAAGAAGAAUCGCAAGAAGAAGAAGAAGAAGAAGAAUUGCAAGAAGAAGAAGAAGAUAGGGUAAAAAUGGCGAUGGUAGUGGGAAGUAGUAGCAAUGAAGGAUUAAGGAGGUGUCAUGAAAUGGUGAAUCAACAUGAGCAUGGUGUCCAUGGAAACCAUAUGAGAAUGUGUGGAAUCAGCAUUGUGUGAUCAUGAUGAUACUGUUGGAAGUACACGUGGCGGUUAUGUUUCCAAUUUUCAUUGAAAGGGACAGAAGGGGAAACUGAUUCCGUGAAUGAUUCGUUGGAAAAUUGUGGCCUUAAUGUGUUGUUGACUCUUGCGUGUACAUUAAAUGUAAAUAAAUUAUUUAUAUUUAUUAUUGAUAUUAUUCAGCUUCUAGCUAACAAACACAGUGGAGACGACAAAGGUUGGUUCGAUGCUAUGCGGUGUUGUUUCCUUGUUGGAAAAUGACACUAACAAAAAGUGAAGCCAUAAACAACAUGCAACAAAAAGGGAGACACAUAUAUAUAUAGUGGAGGUGAAGUUAUGUAAGCUAGCAAAUGAAAACUUGAGAGUUUCUACUGUAUUAGUUUACCAAAUUUUGAACUAUUAUUAUUUAUAUUAGAGAGGAAAAUAAAAAUUGAACAUACUAUGAUGUGUUCUUUUUGGUUAAUUUGCUUAGACAAUUGAAGUUUGCUCAAAGGGCUGUCUAUGUAAAUAUUUUUUAUGAACUGAUUGAGAUGACUUUUGUUACAUUGAUAUUAAAUAUAUGUUGAAUGUGAGA